UCAGGAUCCCGGCGAGUUCCCCCUCUCCAGAGGCCCUGGAACUCCCUCCCUGUGCAGGGCCAGAGAUGGAAGAUAAGCUCUGCCUGUAGACAAAUAGCCCUGUGCAAGAUGUGAGGAUUUUAUGCAGCAGCCAGACAUGUCUGAAAGCUCCUCAGGUCUGACUACAAGCAAUCAGAAGUUCUUCAGGUCCUAUUCCUCCUGCUGCUCCAUCCUGAGGGAUGCACACAAUUCUCCUCUGGUUUUACGCCAAAACAGAGGAACCCUCGAGCAGAACUGGGACCCCAGGCUACCUUUCCCACUUCCUUCUGACUCCUUCAAGUACCUUGGCUGGUGUGACAUAGAGGAACACGGCGUUCGAGGAAAUCAGCUCCUCUGUCCCCGAGUGAGGGAAGGGCCCUCAGAAGAAGAGCUGUUUUUCAGAAAAGAAGAACAUACUCUGAAAAGAAGAAAACAAGUAACUGACCCAGAGAAAUGGGAAAAGAGGCUGCAAGAGAACUGGGAAAACUGUGCUGAGUUGAACCUUUCCUUCCAGGACCUGGGAGAUCUUUACCAGGUGGAAAACUUCAAAAGGAUUCUCCGAAGGUUAAUUCGGGUGGAAAAGCUUUGGUUGGUGGACAAUUCUUUGACAGACCUAAGUGCCAUAAGGUUGCCAAGAUGCAGAGAGCUAAAUGUAAAUAAAAACCACUUUACAUCCUUCAAACAGCUGCCAAAGAUCCCUCAGAUUCAGCACUUAUCUCUCGCUGAAAAUAACAUCACGACCCUAAGUGGGAUUUCAGACUUCAGACACACUCCACUUGAAUCCCUGGUCCUCAAGAGGAAUCCCUGUGAGUUCCAGGAAAGAUACAGACAGCUUGUGUUCUCCAAUUUGCCAAACCUGAAAAUACUGGAUGGCAUCCCAAAACUGCCAGAGGACUGCUCACCCCCCGAUGUCAGUUUUUUUUUCAGGAUGUGCACUAUACUCUAGCACAGUAUUUUUGUAGGAUCACAACCACCUUGCUUAAAAGAGACUAUAAAUCCUGCUUAUGGAAGUUCUAUUUUUUUUUCUUCUUUUUUUUUUUU